AUGAGGGUUUAUUUGUUAAAAAGUGUGUCACGAGUGAUAGGCGCGAGAUUUUAUUCGACGCCUAAUUAUAAAAAAGUUACACAUUGCAUUUUCGACAUGGAUGGACUUCUGCUUGACACGGAACUAGUAUACAAGAAAAUGAUAACACAGUUAUGUGCAAACUAUGGCCACAAAUACACAGAUGAGUUGAUGAUGAAGAUACUAGGUGGGACGGAGCAGAGACUAUCAGAGAUUCUGUGCAAAGAACUGAAGUUACCGAUCACACCCACAGAGUUUAGAGACCAGUUGCUCGUUCUAGGAGAUACUAUGUUGGCUGGAGCACCUUUGUUAGAUGGUGCAGAAAGGUUAAUACGACAUCUCCACGCAACCAAAGUUCCCUUCGCCUUAGCAACUUCUUCCAGCGCUCGAUCAGUGGAGACCAAAAUAGCUCAAUACAAAGAACUGUUCUCUUAUUUCCAUCAUAUGGUGAUGGGGAGUACGGAUAAGGAAGUGAAGUAUGGGAAACCACACCCUGAUAUAUUUCUGGUGGCCGCUGCCAGGUUCCCUGAUAAACCUCAUCCGUCUAAGUGCCUAGUAUUCGAAGACUCUCCUCAUGGUGUCACAGCGGGCGUGAAGGCAGGCAUGCAAACUGUCAUGGUGCCGGACCCACACUUAGAUAAAAAGUUAACAACACACGCCACUAUCGUACUACCGAGCCUAUCAAAAUUCCAGCCCGAACUGUUUGGAUUACCACCGUUCCAGAGUUGUUAA